AUAUAUAUAUAUAUAUAUACCGCAAUUGAGCAGACGAACUGCAAAAAACCGCCUUCUCCUCUGUGUGUGUUCGUCAACUGUACAUGGAGCAGAAAAUGGGAACGAUUGAGGAAGAUUUGAUUGGCUGCCGGAGAAUUAAAAAGUGCAAAUUUAAUCAACAAAAAACAAGGGAUUCCAUCACCGCCGCCGAGAAUCGGCGCCUCUCCGGCGAACGCCGCAUCUGCCAGGGUAUGUGCUUUAGCAUUCCGACAAAGAGAGUUUCCGAAGAAAACAAAAACCACACAAACAAGAAAAUCAGUACCUUAAGCAAAGUGUCUCUCGACGACAAUAUCGUUGAGAACAAAAAACCGACACUGAAUGCAUCCAUCGAUUUUAUGGGGCCAGAGAUUGCAAUCAAUGUUGGAAAACCAACAUGCCAGAUCAUCAAGUGGGACCCAUCCGAAAGCUCUUGGACAGAAAACGGGCCCCCGAGAAACACUGGAUCAUGCCCUUCGAAAUUUCUGAUCAUGUGCCUCAACUCAAUUCAAAAUGCCCUGCAUCAGCAAAAUAUCGGAGACUGCUUUACUAGUGAAGUAGAAUUAGAAAGACCUCUCUUUGCCUAUCAAUGGGGGCUCGAUUUUUGGAAUUGUUAUACAAACGGAAAAGAUGUGUUAGAGAGCAAUGGAGCUGAAGUGGAGAAAAUCUCUUGGAUGGUUUCGACUGCUGCUGACACAAUCUCGAUGAAGGAGAGAGAAGGCGUUUCGUUUAACGGCUCUUUUCUUUUGUAUCUUGUUCCUUCUCAAGACAGAGCUUACAAGGUACGCCAAGUGUGCAAGCCUCUGAAAAUGGUAGGAAUACAUACGGUGAGUUUGCAUGCAGGUGCUCCGUUAGAUCAUCAAAUUCACGGAUUAAAAAGGUGCGAACCCGAGUUUAUUGUGUCCACGACUGAGAGGCUUUUGGAGCUUCUGUUAUUGAAGGCGGUCGAUAUAUCCGAGGUUUCUUUAAUGGUGAUCGACGAAGGGACUUGCUUCGAUGCAAUUAAAUCCAUAAGGCAAUUCAUUUCUGGAAAUCCUCAAACAGUUGUUUUCUGUGACAAUAUGAAGAAUCAUCCUUCUCUGUUCGUACUGUAAUUUUGUUAAGGCCUCGUUUGGUAGGUUUGCCCGAUGUAUGCUUUAAAAUUACGUCGCUUCUAUCAAAACGGGGACAAAGAAAAUAAUAGCUGUUAUAAGGCAUCCCAUUUAUUGCAGUCUUUGUAACUUUUACAAUGCUAGAAUGAAUGGAUAGACAUAGAAAUGUUUUUGACUGGUUUUA